AUACUGAUGUUACCAUUUAGCUAAUACAGCCUCACAAAGCUGUUAGCAUGGCAGUAUACACUUUAACAUGGAGAUUACAGUGACAUGGUGGUGUUAACUCCCCAAAUUAUUAUUAUAAUUUCCUCCUGUAACUGACUAACACUGCAGGAACCUCAAAUGAUCUGCCAUGAGCAUUCUUUGGUGUGUUUGCAGGCUGUCAGGCUGUCUGAUCACAGAGGAAGGCUGUGCUUCUCUGGCCUCAGCUCUGAGCUCCAACCCCUCCCAUCUGAGAGAGCUGGACCUGAGCUACAAUCAUCUAGAAGACUCAGGGGUUACGAUGCUCUCUGCAGGACUAGAGGGUCCACACUGGAGACUGGACAAUCUCAGGGUGGAGCCUGCUGGAGUCCGAUGGUUGAGACCAGGUCUGAGAAAGUAUUCCUGUGAUUUCACACUCGACAUAAACACAGUACACAGAAAUCUCAAACUGUCUGACAACAACAAGAAGGCGAUAUGUGUGGAGGAGGAUCAGCCAUAUCCUGAUCAUCCAGACAGGUUUGAAGACUGGCCUCAGCUGCUGUGUAGAGAUGGUCUGACUGGUCGCUGUUACUGGGAGGUCGAGUGGAGAGGAGAGGUUAAUAUAUCAGUGACUUAUAGAGGAAUAAAAAGAAGAGGAGGCAGCAAAGACUGUAUGUUUGGAUGGAAUGAUCAGUCCUGGAGUCUGACCUGCUCUAACGUUAGGGGUUACUGUAUCUGGCACAAUAAGAGAGCAACAUCCUUCUCUUCCUCCAUCUCCUCCUCCUCCUCUAUCUCUGAACGAGUAGCAGUGUAUGUGGACUGUCCUGCUGGCUCUCUGUCCUUCUACAGAGUCUCCUCUGACACACUGAUCCACCUCCACACCUUCAACACCACAUUCACCGAACCUCUUUAUCCUGGUUUUGGGCUCUGGUCCAGGUUGUCUGGUUCCUCGGUGUCUCUGUGUUCUGUGUAGGAGAGACUUACUAGGGAGUAAGUCUCUUACUCUUAGAGAACAAGUAAGUUGAGUCUCAACAGAAUCACUG